AUGCCUUCAGGACAGGGAGCCGGUACCAACCCCAUUCACAACAAGAAGCCCAAGAAGAAGCCCGCCCAGGACCUCGACGAAGAGGACGUUGCCUUCAAGGCCAAGCAGAUGGCUGACAAGAAGGCUCGCGAGGAAAUGGCCGGUAAGGCCAAGGGCAAGGGCCCCAUGAACACCGGGCAGCAGGGCAUCAAGAAGUCUGGCAAGAAAUGA